CCUCCGCGCGCCGGGCUCUAGCAGCUGCGCUGUGGCUGAGCGUGUGUAAUGUGUCCUUCCGCAGAGCCGGUGUGCCAUCGCCGCAGCACGCGCGUCUGACGGCCCGCUAUUUUUUAACCUUUUGUGUAAUAAAUCUGUUUAUUUGUAAUCGGAAUAGUUUUAUUUGACAUUCCUGGUGUGUUCUGAGUGGCGGUGUUUGUGAUUUAUUCGGCUAGUCAUGGCUGACAUCGACAAACUCAACAUAGACAGCAUCAUUCAGCGCCUGCUCGAGGUGAGAGGGUCAAAGCCUGGCAAAAACGUUCAGCUGCAGGAGAACGAGAUCCGUGGAUUGUGUCUGAAAUCCCGCGAGAUCUUCCUCAGCCAGCCCAUCCUCCUGGAGCUGGAAGCGCCGCUGAAGAUCUGCGGUGAUAUCCACGGGCAGUACUACGACCUGCUCAGGCUCUUCGAGUAUGGAGGAUACCCACCUGAGAGCAACUACCUGUUCCUGGGGGACUACGUGGACCGAGGGAAGCAGUCUCUGGAGACCAUCUGCCUCCUGCUGGCGUAUAAGAUCAAAUACCCUGAGAACUUCUUCCUGUUGAGGGGAAACCACGAGUGUGCCUCCAUCAACCGCAUCUAUGGCUUCUACGACGAGUGCAGGAGACGCUACAACAUCAAGCUCUGGAAGACGUUCACGGACUGUUUCAACUGUCUGCCCAUCGCCGCCAUCGUCGACGAGAAGAUCUUCUGUUGUCACGGAGGUUUGUCUCCAGACCUGCAGUCCAUGGAGCAGAUCAGAAGGAUCAUGAGACCCACAGAUGUUCCGGAUCAGGGCCUCCUGUGCGACCUGCUGUGGUCCGACCCGGACAAGGACGUGCUGGGAUGGGGCGAGAACGACCGAGGGGUGUCCUUCACCUUCGGAGCUGAAGUGGUGGCCAAGUUCCUGCACAAACAUGACCUGGAUCUGAUCUGCAGGGCCCACCAGGUGGUGGAGGACGGUUAUGAGUUCUUCGCCAAGCGGCAGCUGGUCACUCUGUUCUCUGCGCCAAACUACUGCGGAGAGUUUGACAACGCCGGAGCCAUGAUGAGUGUAGACGAGACGCUUAUGUGUUCGUUCCAGAUUUUGAAGCCAGCAGAGAAGAAGAAGCCAAACUCCAGCCGUCCCGUGACUCCGCCCAGGAACAUGGUCACCAAACAGGCCAAGAAAUGAGGGUCCGUGUGACCCGUCUGGACUCGUGUCAUUCAGUCUUCGUGUGUCACGGAUCAGGAGCUCUGCGCUCACCGAACCGUCCGUUGCGUCUUUCGUUUUGUUCUCUCUUGUGUUUUCCUCCUCACCGUCCCCAGCGGCAGCGUUUUGAUUUGAUUUGAGUGUUUGUUCUUGGAGACAAACACGGCUUUUUAUCCCCACUUCAGGAUGACGUAUCUCAGUUUCACACAAGCUCCGCCCACUCGUGUAUAAAUGCAGGGAGGAACUGGACGUUUGGGAUUGUAAAUCGACACUCCACGAGGUUUGAGAUGAUUCUCCCCGAUUGCUCGUUCAAACCACUGUGAACAAAUGAGAUGUUUUCGCUCGCAUCGCUCUGUUUUUAUGCACCUAAAGCUUCUCUGCGUUUUGUAAUUUUUGUCUUGUGAAUGUGCCAUGAGGUUUGAUAUUCAGUCCGAUUUUUAAAUGUUUUAUGAUUUUGACAUUUUAUAUUCUCAUGAUUUAAAAAAAGAGCACAUGAUUUCAGUUUGGAGUGCUCGCUCUUGUUGACACGAUGCCUUGUUUUCUUGUUCCAUAACGUCUCAUGCGAACGGAUAGAUGUGACGUCACAUUAUGGGCAUGUUGAUUUGUUGAUCUCUCAGACGGACUCUUCUGUUGCAUGCAUCUAGAGUUUAGAGGAACGGGACACGAGGCCUCGGCGCUCUCUCAGGGCAUGCCACCUUCAGCAUGUCUUCAGAAUAAUGUAGCUCCUCAUCAGGUAAAUCACGUCAGGAAAACCCCGUUUUUUUUCUUGCAAAUUUCUACAGUAUUUCAUACCAACUCUAGAUUUAACCCAAGCUCACUGUAAAUAUACAGGAAAUGUUUUGUUCAGUCUUGGCAAUAAUUCACAGUUUUCCACACUAUAAAUAAUUGUUAUACUUGCGAAAUAAUAAAUUGAAGGGAGAAGGAAA